AUGGGAUUGACUAAACAGUAUUUGCGAUUUUCACCAAAUGGAAUCUGCAAUGUUGUCGCAUCUAGUAAUGGAACUGUUGCUGCUAUCACUGAUAAUAUUUGUGCAGCAUCAGCCUGUGAAAACGUUCAUUUUUACAAUAUGAAGUUAGGGGAAAAAGUUGAUGAGAUUAAAGGGUCAGAUAAAAUUGUUUCGACUAUGAAAUUUAGUGGAAAUCGACAGUUUCUUGCUGUUGGAUUUGUCGAUGGAACUCUGCGAUUAUAUGACCGAAAAAACGAUGAUCGAUCAACAUAUAUCACUUUUUGUGGUCAUCGAACAGCUGUUAAUUGCAUUGCAUUCAGUAAAGAUAGUUUAGUGCUUGCUACCGGUGGGAAAGACUCAGCAGUCGUUACUUGGGAUAUUGUUAAUGAAUCUGGUCUGUUUCGUUUGAAUGGACACAAAAAUUCAGUAACCCAGUUACAGUUUACUUGUAGUGGACGAUUUCUUUUAAGCAGCUCAAAAGAUACAUAUAUCAAGUUUUGGAGUAUGGAAUCCCAAAGUUGCUUCUUCACGAUAGUCGACUGUCACUCAGAGGUUUAUUCGUUUUCACUGUUGAAAAAUGACAGCCUUUUGUUGGUUGGAUCAGCAGAAUUGGAAUUGCGAGUUUUCGAUAUUCAUUGGCUUGAUAAAGAAGAUUUCGAAGGGGAAGAUAAUUUAAAAAAAGCAAAAGUUGAAGACAGUGAAGUUGGGUUCGCUGAUGCGCAAGAAAAUAAUAUUGUUCGUUGUGUGAAAAGAGGUCAAUUAUUGCGACAUUCCAAAGGUCGAUGUCUUCAGCUUGCUGUAAGUCGAGAUGAAAAACUUGUCGCUUGUGUGGGUUCGUCUUAUUGCGUUGAUAUAUUUCGAAUUUAUGACGAAAAUGAAUCUCAAAUGCGCUUUAAAAAGAAACUUAGCAAGGCUCGAAAGAAAUCAGCCGAAAACGGUGGGAUAGAAACUGUCUCUGAAAGCGAUGUCGCAAAAGAUGUCACACUAUUGAUUUCAAGAAUUGGUGAAUAUGUACCGACUGGUAAAGUAAAAUGGGUUGAUUUUAGUCCAUCCGUGAAACAGCCUAAAGAAGGAAUGCGUCAGUAUCAGUUGUAUAUACUCUAUGCAACAAAUACGAUUUUAUCUGAAACGAUUCUGAUCAAUUGUAAAUCUAAUGAAGUUCAGUGUAUGGACUUAGCUGAUUUGAACCAAUUGGGUCAUCGUACUGAUGUUCGUUGUCUUGCUGUUUCUGAAUGUGGCUCUGGUUUCGUUUCGGGAAGUGCGGAAGCCGCUAUCGUCUGGAAUUUGCACAGUCUUAAAAUUGCACAUACGUUGAAAGAUCAUGAUAUGGCUGAUAUCACAGCAUCAUUGUUCGUUACGGGUGACAAGCAUGUCGUUUUGGGAACAAAGAACGGUGAUAUAUUCCUAUUUGAAUUGGCAACAAAUGAAUUACUCGAAAUAGUUAAACGAGCUCACGAAGGGACUAUUUGGCGUGUCAUAUCGACGCCUGAUAAAAUUGGCUUCAUCUCAUGUGGCAGUGACAAAAAAGUUCGGUAUUGGACAUACAAAUUGAUGAACGAAGGAACAAGAAAACGUUUGUCAUUUGAACCUUGCCGAAUACUGGAAGUACCAGACGAAGCUCUCUGCGUAGCUGCUAGUAAUAAUUCUCAUUUUCUUGCUGUUGGAUUAUUAGAUAAUACAGCACAUGUUUAUUUCAUGGAUACGCUGAAGUUUUUUGUCUCACUUUAUGGACAUUCGCUUCCUGUUAUAGCUAUUGACAUUUCGCAUGAUAGCAAGUUAGUAGCGACUGGAUCAGCCGACAAAAGUGUGAAAAUUUGGGGAUUAGACUUUGGAGAUUGUCAUAAGUCUUUUCAUGCGCAUGGUGACAUAGUAACAUGUGUCUUGUUUUCACCGGACGAACAUUUAGUAUGGUCGGCAGGCAAAGAUGGUUUGAUAAAACAGUGGGACGCUGACAAAUUUGAAUGUGUUCAAGUUCUAGAUUCACAUUCUGCUGAGAUUUGGGCACUUUCUCAAACUAUUAAUGGAAAAUAUCUUGUUUCUGCUUCUCAUGACAAAUCCAUUCGAAUUUGGGAACUUACAGAGCAAAUUAUUGUUUUGGGAGCAGAGCAGGAAAUGAAGCGAGAAAAGGAAAGUGAUAAUCUUCUCACUCAGUUGGUGGAUAUUGUGCCCGGAGAAGAAAAAAAUAGUGAAGCAGAGCUGGCUGUACAGAAAAGUAUUGAUAGUAUCAAGUCGAUGGAGGAUAUUGUCGAGGCAUUGGAGAUUGCUCGUAGUGAAAGAAUAGCAGUUCUGGAGGAUACAAAACACGAAAAACAUCCAUUAUUGUCGUACUUUAAAAGCGCAUCACUGGAUCAUUUCAUUCUGGACGUAAUUAAUCGUGUGCCGUCAAGUCACUUGGAAAAGAGCUUAUUGAUGGUGCCUUUCGCGUUUGUUCCAGAUAUUAUUAAAGCAUUAGGUGUUUGCAUUGGAAAACAUUACAAGGCAGAGCUUGCUUCACGUGUGAUUCUAUUUCUUGUGAAAGUUCAUCACAACUAUCUUGUUACACAAAAUGAUCUUGUACUUCAUUUGGUUGAAUUGAGUCAUAAAGUCACGCAAGGAUUGAGUGAAUUGCGAAAUAUCUGUGGUUUUAAUUUUGCGGCUCUGAAACUUUUUCAAAAGCAGGUGGAAGAGCAGUCACAGGUGAUGCUUUUUACUGACGUUUCACGAUUGGGAAAAUCAGAAAUAAAGUCUAGGAAAACAAAAAUGAAGGUUUUCACUUGA